UCUACUAAGUAUAUAUACAAAAAGCUAUGUUUAUGUUAUCCCGUGCAUACCUAACUGUUCUUUCCCCGUCCGCUAUUUGAAGGUGCAGAGUAUUUGGUUUGUGUUAAAAUACCUCUUCAACUGCCUAUAAAGUAAGGUUUAAGCAUUUCGACGGUUCAGCUCCAGCAGAUUAUAACAUUCAAUUUCCUUCCAGACUAGAUUACUUCCAUUCUAUGGAAUGACGCGCAGAUCUUGUAUAAAGAGAGAGCUGAGGAAAUCUAUUAGCAUAGAAGAGAUCGAAGAGUUGUUACUUGCUGUGUUUCACCAUUUUGUGCCAUGUCAAAUGCCUCAAGGAGUUUGGUUGCUUCUAAUAAAUAUGAAAGAGCAGGACCUGAUUACUUUGGCUAUUAUUCUUCUGAAGUAGUAAAUCUAUUGUCACAAGAUGAGGAUGUUCUGCCUGUUGCUACCCAAACAUCCGAGCUACCUGAAAAUAAAUAUGGAGAGGGAAGAAAGAAUAAUAUAGUCAAUCACAACGACAAUUUUUCUGGUCCGUUUUAUAGUGAUAGUAUUGGAGCUGGGCUUUCAGAUUUCAAAAAGGACAGAUUAAGAUCACUGCUCAGACAGAGUGUCACUGCUCUUUCAUUAGAAGUUGAUGAGGUGGUAGACCCUGUUUUUGCUACAUAUCAUUUGCAAUCUAGGCUAAGAAGUAAAACACAUUCCUUGAAUAACACGGCUACUGCAUCCGAUGAUGUAAUGCAAAUUCCUUGUAAAAAGCAAAAGAUGUUGUCAUCAUCCUCUUCAUCCAGCCCUGCGCAAACUAGUGAUGUUGAUCCCCAAUGCAGUGGGAAGGUGAAUGAUGAUCUUCGGUUUCUAUUGGAGAAUGAUACUGUGGAGGUUGAGGAGAUGGUGAACAAACAUUCCGAUGAACUAUCUGGAACACUAGGAUACAUGGAACGACAGCUGGAGUUGCUUCUUGAUGCUGUAAUGUCGAAGUACAGGCCCAUGACCCUUGGUGAGAAACAACUGCUACAGAGGUUAAUUCAGAAGCUACCAGCAAGAAACCUUGACCGUGUGGUGGAGAUAAUUUGUCGAAGUAGGCCAGUAGAAGAACAAAGUUGUGACAACAUAUUUGUUGAUUUGGAAAAAGAGGAUAAUUCUACACUCUGGAGACUGUAUUACUAUGUUGAAGCUGUUGAGAAAGCCAAAAGUCUUUCUUGUAAUCAAGAGGCCUAGUUUUCUAAAUGAUUUUGAAAGUCUGAGCUGUAAUUCUAGUUCAUUAAAACUCAUUAAUAGAUUUUUCUAAUCUUUCUAACUAUAGAGUGGGCCGAUUUUCAAAGUGCUGACAUGUAUGGAGGCAUUUGUUUCAAGGCAUAUGAUU